AUGUCGGCACAUGUUAUCAUCAUACGCAGUGUAUCUCAGGUGUUGUCGCAUGGCUAUAUUGUUCGAGCCAUGUCGUUUGGAACGAAGUCACGCCUUGUGUUGGUCAAAUUCCGCUGGGGCUCCAAGGGAAUCGUCAAGCUGCCUCCCUCCAGGCCACGACUUCCCACUCUAGGAUUCAACAGAUGCUUCUUGCUAGUCAUCAACCUGUUAAGCGGUCACGAUGUGUUCCUCCUUCCGCAUUUUACUGGCACCAUACAGAUGAUGAGGAAGGCAGGCAUGCAGCGAGAAGCAAACGGUCAUCGCAGGUGGAAAGAGGCAUCUCAUAUUCUCUUGCUUGCUUCACUCUACCUCAUACCGACUACCUCCUUGACCGAGCCCAGUCUUAACACCCAUCUACAAGCAUUCAGAUACAAAACACGACAACUGAAGUCUUUCCUAUACCCUCUCAUCGUCGAUCAUCCCAUCAUCAAACUCGAACUUCCUCGCCCCCGACGUCUUAGCGGCCCGACAACAAGAAGCACAUCUACAACGGAUACAUGGCCACUAGACACCAAAGCCAUGGCGGGCGCUACUUUCUCGUCACUGCCGAACGAGCUCAUUACAAUGAUUUCUCACCACUGCGCAGACGCCUACCCUCUCUGUCUCGUAAACCAGAGAACACUCCCGUUAGCUCAACAGGGUUUAUAUCACACCAUCAAGCUCCCGCACACUCAUUACAAUCAACUAGUACUUCUCAUCCGAACGUUGGUUGAAACCCCACAUCUGCGUCGCUUGAUCCGCGAGGUCGAUAUUUCAUCAGGCCCGGACGCUUACUACGACCCAAGCAAGAUGAAAACGCCUGAGAUUUUUGACAAGUGGCAUAAGUCUAUACUCGACGAAAGCAAGCUCUCGGAUGCUGAGGGACAUAUCCUGCUAUUAUGCAGACAGCACGCGGCGAUGAGUCGAUUAAACCUUUCAACCAUUAUGGGGUUACUGAUUGGUCUGUUGCUCUGUUUUGUUCCCAGGAUUUACUCCCUCGCAAUUUCUCAGGUGCAAGACAACAAUCCCGCUUCCCACAGAUUACAAACAAUAGGAUUGCGGACAAUGCUGUUCGUCGCCAUUUCAACGUACUCCGUCGAAGGCAUGAAGCGGAGAGUCUGCCCAGAACUCAAGUGGCUUGUCUUGCUCCCUAGCUCGACACACUUCGAGAAUUUUUAUUCUUUUGGCGCAGGGUUCAAAGUCUUGGAAUGCUUCGUCGCCCAUCCGACUCUUGAGGCAGUUGUUUCCUCGUACGAUUUUGGCCAUUGGGGUCUAACCGGCCCUCUCAGUAUUAGUGGAACAUCUCUUUCCAUGACGCAACUCAUCCUUCGGCCCACGGGCAUGAAUGCCACUACUCUCAGCAGGGCCCUGAGUCGAUUCCCGAAGCUCACGCAUCUCUUUGUCGAAUUCGAUUCUCUGAGUUCCAAUGGCGGCUUAGUAAUAAGGGACCAGUUGGGUCACACGAUUACGGAAUGUUGUCCCUGCAUCGAGCAUUUGAGCCUAAGGUUUCCUGAGCAGGGGAUAAACAAGUUCUUUGGCCAGAACCCUACUCUAGAGAUUCACUCUCUGAUAAGCAGCACGUGGAACCUGUCCGGCCUGGAAGUAUUCCGCAGCAGAAUUGCGAUGUACUACUCGCUCCUUGAGGGACUGGAUGAACGCGCUGCGUUGCUCAGAUACUGGGUGCCCCGGCAAGCGAAGUUGCUUCUCUUAGAUACCACAGACACCGGAGAGGACAUGACAGGCGCACCUUACUUUGAAGGUGUGAAAUCUCUUGUCCUCUCUCUCUGCCGGGCACGUCAGGUGGGACAGCUUCGCUUCGGAACCGUGGCCGUCAGUGUCCACGUUGGAGGCAACAUUGACUGGCAUGAAGUCGUUCAAGAGGCCAGGAAGUAUGGAGCCGGAACUGACUUCCGACUAAUGGUUGUCUUCUUUCCUGCGAUGCGUCAGGCUUUCUGGGCGUCCAAUUGGAGAGAAAUUUGGAGAGAAGAGAUUGAUAUUCCUGCUCGACUGUCAAAGCAAGGCCAGCAACAGCGUGCAAUCGUUGAUUCGGGAUGA